AUGAGUGAAGGGGCUCUGUGAUACUUGGAAUUUUACAAAUGCUGCGUUUCGCAGCAUCGCGUAUCAACCAAAGUCGGGCACUGCAUUCUCUUUCUUCAUUUACAAGCUUUCAAAAGUACCGCGCUUCCAGAAGGGCUAUGAGCGACAAGGUGGCCAGCGCGGCAAGCAGUCAUCAGCAGAUCCCAGUGAAGAUGCUACACCGCCCAUCCUGGUCGCGUGA